AUGGUAGAUAAAUCCCAGCAGACUGAAGUGACAGAGAAAAAGAAACACUUGUCUAUACCACAAUCAUCUGGCCCCAAAGGUACCCUUAGUAUUGGUAAUAUUCCUGGAAGCAGAUUCAACUAUGAAUGUCAUAGAGUAUCUUCUCAACUUCAGCAAACUUGGACAAAGAGAAAGCGUGUACAUGAUAUGACUGAUAAAUCUCUGCAGACAGAAACUACUGCAGAAGAGAAAAAAGAAGAAAUCAAGUCAGUUUGUGAAACAGUGGUACCUGAAGAAAAGCCAGCUGCUAUUGGAGAAGCAGCCUGCGAAUUUCCAGAGAGUGUUCAGGAAGUAGAAAUUCCACCAAGCAGACACUCAGUUCAACUCAAAACAGACAGAUCUCAGCAGACCAGUUGUACUGGAGACUGGACAAUGAUGAACAUUCCAAAAAAAGAAAAAGUAGACAAGGAAGAGCAGACAAACUUUAGUGAAUCAGAAAUAGUGGUUACUGGCUGGCCAAGUAAUCUGUUUUCAAAGUCAAAGGAAGGUGCACAGACGCAAUCCUCAGGGAAGAGUUUUGUUUCUGAACAUCCUGAAUUUCAACCCACAACAAGUAACAAUGAAGAAAUUAGGCAGCAAAGUAUUAACAGAGCUUUAUCUAUUCCACCAACCAAAAAAGAUGCUCCAGUACUUUUAGAAGAUGGGAAAGAUGUUCCAGCUGAAGUACAGCCUCCUGCUGCAGAAGAGAGUUCUGCUGAAGUACAACUUCCACUAGCUGAGGAGAUUACUGCAGAAGAGGUUUCUGCUGAAGUUCAGCCUCCAGCAGCUGAAGAGCCUCCUGUUGAAGUACAGCCUUCGCCAGCAGAAGAGGCUCCUGGAGAUGAGACUCCUGCUAAAGUGGAGCCCACCUCAGCUGAAGAGACUCUUAUAAAAGAGCCUCCUGCUGAAGUUCAGCCUCCAGCAACUGAAGAUGCUCCUACACAAGAGGUUCCAGAACUCCCAAUUUCACCAGCUGUGGAGUCCCCUGCAGAAGAGGCCCCAGAUGAAGUUGAGUCUCCUCCAGCUGAGGUGGCCCCUGCUGAGCUUCAAUCUCUACCAGCUGAGGACACCCCUGCAGAAGAGGCCUCCACCAAAGUUCAGCCUCCACCAGCUGAGAAGACCCUUGCAGAAGAGGCUGCAGCUGAACUUCAACUUCUGCCAGCAGAGGAGGCUUCUGCAGAGGAGGCCCCUGCUGAAUUUCAGCUUCCAUCAACUGAAGAAACUACUUCGGAAAUGUUCUCUGUUGACAAACAGUCUUCACUAGCUGAAGAGUCCUUUAUUACACAAAUCUCUGUAAAAUAAACCUCUGCUGAAGUUCUGCUUCCACCAUCUGAGCAAACACCUGCAGAUGAAGCUCUGGUAGAGAAUGUGUCUAUGGUUUAUCAGUCUCCCCAGGCAGCGGACGUCCUGGUGGUAAAAUUAGGAUCAGGGGUUUUGGAAGAUAAGCCAAAAUCUGAAGAGCCUUUAGAAUGGUAUACAAUUCCUGAAGAUUCAUCUGAUACCAAGAAUGAAGAGGUUUCUAUUAAAAUAAAGGGUGUCAUCCAUAUAGAACUGGAAUAG